GUCUGAAGCUCAAAUUUACCUGUUUUUCUGUGAACUUAUUAACACUGGUGAUGUUUCCACCUGACAGGAGCUGAGGCGGACCCUGAACGCAUCAUGCGGCGCCUCGUCUUCCUGCUGUCCGUCCUGCUGCAGGUGAACCCCUCGCUGCCUUACUCUCUGAAGCACUGCACCGUGUCCUCCUCCAGCUUCGUCCCGGGUCUUUCCGUCACGUGCGCAGAUCGCCAACUCGCCGCCAUUCCUGACGACAUUCCUAAAAAAACGAUCUCCCUCAAUCUCGCCAACAAUCAGAUCCGCGGGAUCAACAGUUCGGCUUUAAACGGCUUUUCAAAGCUCCUGAAGUUAAAAAUGUCCUCAAACUCAAUGUGGAGCAUCGAAGACGGCUCUUUUGCAGACUUGGCGGCGUUAACGGACCUCGACUUAAGUUAUAACAACCUCACGAACCUGACGGACGACAUGUUCCAGGGACUGUCCAGGUUAGCCCGUCUGCAUCUGAAUGAGAACGGGAUCCGGUGCGUCUCGGCGCUCGCCUUCCGGCCGCUCGUCCGCUUACAGGCCGUGAAUCUGACCUCUAACUACCUGCGUCACAUCGCCCAUAUCGUGCCGAUUUUACAGCUGAUAAACUUAUUCAGACUAGAAGCGGGAGAGAACCGCUUCGCCUCUUUAGACUCGGAUGACCUGCCGUUCAACAAGUCCGACCUCAGGACAUUUGUGUUCGGCAUGAAAUCCCUGACGAAGGUGAGCAUUAAAAGAGACGUCUUUCCUCGCCUGCAGUCGCUGCGUUUCUCCGAGUGCAGCCCCGAGUUCGAGUGGCACGUCCCCAACAAGACCUUCCUACGGAGCUUGACUACUCUGUAUCUGAGUGGGACAGUGACGAGUUUUGAAACGUUCAGAAUGAUUGUGCAGAGUGCAGAGUCUGUGGUGUAUCUCCGGCUGAGCGGCAUGGAAAGGUAUUUUGACAAAGGUCUGAUCAGCACCAGCUGCCGGAUUCCUGCUUUAAAGCGUCUCAAUUUGAGUUCUAACCUCAUCUACGCGUUGAACGACACGCUGCUUCAGCCUUGCUCUCAGAUCACUGAGCUGACUUUAGUCGAUAACGCCCUCACCGACCUGUCCGAGAAUUCACUCAAGCCGUUGAAUCGCCUCCUGACGCUACAAGUGGGCUUCAACCUUCUAACCAGAGUGCCGCGUGCCCUCCGAAGCCUCUCGACGCUCAUCGUCCUCGAGCUGAAUACGAACGAUAUCAAAGAGAUAGGCUGCUCUGAUUUCCUGAAUUUGACGACAUUGAGGCACCUCUCUCUCGCACAAAAUUGCAUUUCAACACUCAGAGGAUGUGAAUUCCAAGCCUUGAAGGAUUUGAGAAGUCUCAGUCUUGAACAAAAUCUAUUUCUUCGCGUUCAUGAAAUCUUCAGCUUCAGUUUGUACAACCUCCGCAUUCUGAAUAUGUCCUCUAAUAAAAUACACAAAUACUAUAAAGGAAUAUUCAGGGCUCUGUCUUCCCUCGUGUUUUUGAAUGCUGAGUCUGUGGAUGAUGCCAUCGUAUAUAAUGGGACUUUUGAAGGACUCGAUCGUCUCCAGGUCCUGGUCCUUCAUGCAGAGUCUCUGAGGGAAGACAUGCUCAGAGGACUGACAAACUUACAAAAUCUGACACUUUAUUUCCAAGAUCCUUACAAGAGUUUGAGUCGUCAGUUUAAUGCCGAGCCACCGAUCUUAAACGUACCUUCUUUGAGGUUGCUUACAAUCAAAGACCCAUACAGAUGGGACACCGUUUCACCGUAUCUGCUCCGGGAUAUGAAAUAUUUAGAGUACUUUGCAGCUGAGAACUUCUUCCCUGGGACACCACACCCAGACACGUUUACAUCCACGCCUCGCCUGACACGUCUCCGGAUAUUGGACAGUGACGUCUCGCAUCUUAAACCCGAACUGUUUCAGCCGAUCCCAAACCUGCAGCUUCUCGAUCUUUCCAAAAACAAGCUCACAUCUCUGGACUUCCUGUCCCAGGUGAACCUGUCUGCACUCAGCUCUUUGACACUGGUAAAGAAUCAGUUGACGGUGAUCGACGAGUCGGUCUUCCAGUCUCUCCCUGCUCUAACAUACCUGGACCUGUCCGAUAACCCUUUCACUUGUGACUGCUCCAACGCCGGAUUCAUCCAGUGGGCGAAGAACAACAACCAAACUCUGGUUGAUAACGGACAUCAGUACGACUGUGCCUUUCCUGCGGCUCAACAGGGGAGAAAGCUGCUGGACUUUGACGUCCAGUCCUGUUGGACAGACUAUGGCUUCCUCUGCUUUGUUUCCAGCACCUGUCUGACUUUACUCACUCUCCUCACGUCCUUCACCUACCACUUCCUGAGGUGGCAGCUGGCCUACACCUUCCACCUCUUCCUGGCCUUCCUCUACGACAGCAGGAAGAGGAAGAAGGGCGCCGCUCAUCAGUACGACGCCUUCAUCUCCUACAACGUUCACGACGAGGCCUGGGUCUACAGGGAGAUGCUUCCUGUGCUGGAAGGAGAGCAGGGCUGGAGACUGUGUCUGCACCACCGAGACUUCCAACCAGGUAAGCCCAUCGUGGAGAACAUCACAGACGCCAUCUACGGCAGCAGGAAGACCAUCUGUGUGAUCAGCCGGCGCUACCUGCAGAGCGAGUGGUGCUCCAGAGAGAUCCAGAUGGCCAGCUUCCGUCUGUUCGACGAGCAGAAGGACGUGUUGAUCCUGCUGUUUCUGGAGGACAUCCCGGCCCGCCAGCUGUCUCCGUACCACCGCAUGAGGAAGCUGGUGAAGAGACGCACCUACCUGAGCUGGCCGCUGGCCGGCCGCCACACGGGAGUCUUCUGGCAGAACGUCCAGAGAGCUCUGGAGACGGGGGACGCCCCCACCGAGACCCCCAACCUGCUCGCUCCUCUCCAACUUUAAUGCAAAAAUAUCCAAUUUUAAUGCAGAAACGUCCAACUUUAAUGCAGAAAUGUCCAACUUUAAUGGAGAAAUGUCCAACUUUAAUGGAGAAAUUCCAACUUUAAUGUGGAAAUAUCCAACUUUAUUGGAGAAAUAUCCAACUUUAAGGGAAAAAUGUCCAACUUUAAUGCAGAAAUGUCCAACUUUAAUGGAGAAAUUCCAACUUUAAUGGAGAAAUGUGCAACUAUAAUGCAGAAACGUCCAACUUUAAUGGAGAAAUGUUUAACUUAUAUACAGAAAUGUCCUCUCUGAUCAGAAAGCUGCAA